UAACAUCUUAACACCUGUUUUGUUGCCAGAAAAAAUGGGAAAAACCUAUUAUCAUACAGGAAAUACUCAAAUACCCAUUAACAAAUCAAUUGUGGUGCUGCUCUCCUUCCCAUGUUACUCCCCAGACCGUCGCUCGAAGGGGCAGCACAAGAGGAUGCUUUGUGCCACAAAACUAGAAGCUGAGCGCCAGAUUGGAGAGCUUGAGAUGAUCCUGCUGGAUCAUUGUGCACAGCAGCAGGCCAAGUAUCAGCGGGAGCUGCUGGAAUUCCAGAACAGCACCGAGCUGAAGAACUUCAUCAUCCACCACCAGCAGCAGCAGCAAAAGGCAGAAGAGCAGCAGCAGGUGGAAGUCAACACUAAUAAUGAGGAUGUGUAGCAGACAUGUCAGAAUAGCAACAAGGUUGAGAACGAGAUGGAAGAGAUAGAGAAAGUGGGGGAUAGAAAUGGUAUGAAGAGAAAACGUGGGAGUAGGAAGAAACAUAAGAACAAGAAGAAAGUUCUGGAGGAGACAGUGAAAGAAGAGGUGGCUGAGAGAGAGGGGAGUGAGGGAGAGCCCAUGCAGGAAGUGGUGGAGGUUGGGACGAUUGAGGUAGAGAUGAUUGAGGUAGUGGCUUUGGAGGAUGUGAUUAAUGAGGUAGAGUUGAAUAAGGUAGAGGUAUUAGAAGGAGAUGGCAAGCGGGAAUUAGCGAAUGAGGCAGAGGUAGCGGUGACUGAGGUAGAAGCAGUGGCCAAGCAGGAAGUGGUGAAAGAUAUAGCGGCCAAUGUCAUAGAGGGGAUUGAGAGAGAUGCAAAACAGGUAUUAGCAGAAGAGGUAGAGCCAAAUGAGGUCGAUCGGAAUGAGGGAAUGGCCAAACAGGAAGUGGCGGAGAAAGUUGAUAAUGUUGUGGAGCUAAAGAAAGAGGGAGAGGAUUGUGUUCAGAGGAAACGUAGGAAUAGGAAGGUACGAAGGACUGAGAUGAAAGUUCGGGAAGUAGAAGAGAUGAAGGAAAACGAGAUUGAGAGAGAGGGGAAUGAUGGAGAACCCAAUAAGGAAGUGGCGAGUGAGGUAGAGGCAAAUGAGGUAGAGGUAGCGGUGAUUGAGAUAGAUGCAGUGGCCACACAGGAAUUUGUGAAAAAGGUAUUGGCCAAUGUCAUAGAAGGGAUUGAGAGAGAUGCCAAGGAGGAUUUAGCGAAAGAGGUAGAGGCAAGUGAGGUAAAUAGGAAUGAGGGAAUAGCCAAACAGGAAGUGGCUAAGAAAGUUGAUAAUGUUGUGGAGACAAAGAAAGAGGGAGAGGAUGGUGUUCAGAGGAAACGUAGGAAUAGGAAGCUACGAAGGACUGAGAUGAAAGUUCGAGAAGUAGAAGAGAUGAAGGAAAACGAGAUUGAGGGAGAGGGGAAUGAUGGAGAGCCCAAGAAGGAAGUGGCGAGUGAGGUAGAGGUAGCGGUGAUUGAGGUAGAUGCAGUGGCCAAGCAGGAAGUGGUGAAAGAGUUAGUGUCCAAUGUCGUAGAAGGGAUUGAGAGAGAUACAAAGCAGGAAUUGGUGAAACAGGUCGAGGCAAUUCAGGUCGACACGAUCGAAGAAAAGGCCAUGCAGGUCUUGAUCAAUGAGGUAGAUACGAAUGAGGUAAAGGCCAAACAGGAAAUGGCAAAAAAAGUUGAGAACGUGGUGGAGGAGAUAAAGCAGGAAGGGGCAAAUGAGGUUGAAGCAUAUGAAGUAGAUGCCAUCCAGGAAGUGGCAAAAGAGGUAGAGGAGAUUGAGGGAGAGGCCAAGCAGGAGGUGGUUAUGGAGGUAGAGCUAGGUGAUUGA